UUUCCUCUCCCCGUUGCCGGGGUUCCGCUCUGUGGUCCCGGCCGGCUGGCCUGACGCCCCCGCUCCGCCGCCAUGAAGCUCGUGAGGUUUCUAAUGAAAUUGAGUCAUGAGACUGUGACCAUUGAACUGAAGAAUGGAACACAGGUGCAUGGAACAAUCACUGGAGUGGAUGUCAGUAUGAAUACGCAUCUUAAAGCUGUGAAAAUGACACUGAAGAACAGAGAGCCUGUACAGUUGGAGACAUUGAGUAUUCGGGGAAAUAAUAUUCGAUACUUCAUUCUGCCAGACAGUUUGCCUCUGGAUAUCUUGCUAGUGGAUGUUGAACCAAAAGUCAAAUCCAAGAAAAGGGAAGCAGUUGCAGGAAGAGGCCAUGGCAGAGGUCGGGGCAGAGGCCGUGGCCGUGGCAGAGGAAGAGGGGGACCUAGGCGAUAACUUCUCUCACACCACAGAUACAUGUUACAAAAUUCUAAGCAGUCUGAUAUUUUUUGUACAGGUUUUGUUUACAAUGUCAAUUUUUAAUAAACACAAAUG